CGGCCGCCCCGCCGGCAGCAGGCGGCCGGGAGCCGAGGGGAGGCGGGCGCGGGGGAGGCGCUGCCAGCGCCGCCGGGCGCUCUCCGUCCGCCCCGCACCGACGUCGCGCGAAGCCCCGCCGGCGUCCGGGGGGGAGUGUGGGGUGGACGCGUCGCGGGCGAGGCGGCCGAGAGGAGGCAGAUGCUUCCCGAGGCACAACCCCGCUGGAGGGGCUCGGCCGUGGCCAGUGCCUGUCCGUGCACCGGCUGAAGUGUUCGGCCCGCCCGCCCCCUCCGGGACGCGGGGACCCACCGGGCGAGUGUCGGGGAGCGGACGGCGCCAUGCGCCCCUCCGAGGAGUGAAGGGCCGUCCGGGCUGCACCGGUGCGGGCGCCGAACCGCCGCGGAGGUGGCCCGAGGUGACGGGGAGGCCGGGAGAGGUGCCGCGCCAGCGCCGGGAGCGCUGCCACCACUAUCAGCAGUGAUGAAACUGUGAGGAAACAAGAGCCACAUCUCCAGGUGAGCUGGAAAAGGCACCAGACACAGGAUUCAAAGAAGGGUCAGCUACAACGUAUCUCUCCAAGAAGACUCCAAAAUGAAAAAAAUAACCCACAGUUGUUUCUUACUGAUCAUACUUCUAAUUAGAACGGUCCCAAGUCUUUCUUCUACUAUAAAUUAUACUGAUCCUACAUUAGAGCCUGUAGUAACUGAAAAUUCAGUCAUACGACAGAAGAUAAUAGAUUCACAGUUCAAAUGCUAUGAGAGGAUGAACAGAGCUCCUCCAUAUAAGAAAAAAGGUCUGUUCUGCAACAGAACAUGGGACGGGUGGUUGUGCUGGGAUGACACACCUGCUGGAAGAAUCACUGCUCAGAAUUGUCCAGAUUAUUUUCCAGACUUUGAUCCAACUGAAAGGGCUUCAAAAUACUGUGAUGAAACAGGAAACUGGUUCCGGCACCCUGAGAGCAACCGAACAUGGUCCAACUAUACCCUGUGCAACUCUUUUACCUCUGAAAAACUGAAGAUGGCGUUCAUACUUUAUUAUAUGGCGAUCGUUGGCCAUGCUUUGUCUAUAACAUCCCUAUUAAUUUCCUUGGCAAUUUUCUUCUAUUUCAAGAGCCUCAGCUGUCAAAGGAUAACACUGCAUAAGAAUUUGUUUUUUUCUUAUGUGCUGAACUCCAUGUUUACAAUUGCCCACCUCAUUGCUGUUGUGCCUAACCCAGACCUUGUAAAAAGGGAUCCUGUAAGCUGCAAAGUGCUGCAGUUCUUUCACCAGUACAUGUUGGGCUGCAACUAUUUCUGGAUGCUCUGCGAAGGCAUUUAUCUUCACACGUUGAUAGUGGUGGCAGUGUUUGCUGAAGAGCAGCGUUUGCAUUGGUAUUACCUCUUGGGCUGGGGGUUCCCUUUAGUGCCAGCAUCUAUUCAUGCGGUUGCAAGAGCCAAGUACUUCAAUGACAAUUGCUGGAUGAGUGUUGACACACACUUGCUCUAUAUUGUUCAUGGACCUAUAAUGGCAGCUUUAUUGGUCAAUUUUUUCUUUUUGCUUAACAUUGUCCGAGUUUUGGUGACAAAGCUAAGAGAUACCCACCGUGCUGAGUCCAACAUGUAUAUGAAAGCUGUCAGAGCCACUUUAAUCCUGGUGCCCUUACUGGGAAUUCAGUUUGUGAUUAUUCCCUGGAGACCAGAAAACCGACUUGCUGGAGAAAUAUAUGAUUACAUCAUGCAUAUAUUGAUGCAUUACCAGGGCUUACUUGUGGCAACUAUAUUCUGCUUCUUCAAUGGUGAGGUACAAGGAGCUUUGAAGAGGCAAUGGACACAGUACAAAACUCAGUGGGGCCAAAGGCGCCGAGAGCACUGUUCCACACGAUCUACCUCCUACACUGCAACAUCAAUCACAGAGGUCCCUGUUUACUUGUACCAUCAUGAUUCCAACAACGAACAGCUGAAUGGAAGAUACUUAGAGGACUCUGAACUCGUUGCAUUAAAAUCUGGAGAGACAUCUGCCUAGCUCAGCACCAGCCAUUGCUAACUCAUCAUUUACAUUCUGCUUGUGAACAAAGUGGGGAAAAGGGUGGGAGCCACAAUGAGAGGGCAAGACCAGGUGAAAGGACACAUCAUAUUCAAACCACAUCAUCCUCUGACAGUGAUGGCAUAAAGAGAGUCUGACACAGACCUGGGAACAGCAUUUCUCCCUGUGUGCUGCAGCAGUGAGUGAACAUGGACCUGCCCACCAGGCUCUGUCGUCUCCACCUCUCCUGAUACCAGCUGUAUGAAGUGACCAUGCAACAGGUAGUAACGGUAUCAGGUAUUCCAUAGCAAAUAGGAAAGAAAGAACCAGUACCUGGCAAUUGGAAACUUUCAGCAGUUUUUGCUUUCAGAACUUUUCUUUAACUCUAGCUUUUGAACUUUCAGCAUUCAAAAGAUUUAACUGGCUUGGAGUCUUUUAUUUUCCCCUUUUAAUGAGCUCGAUGACUGCUUGAAAGAUUUUGCACAUUGCAAGAAAAAUCAGAAAAAUAGAAAAAGAAUCACUCCAAAGUAUUCCAAUUCUGAUGAUCUCCAAAGGAUAUUAUCAAACCAUUAUCAGGAGCAUAAAGCAAAUGACGGUGAAAUAGUAAUUGCAUGCCAAGAUCUCAAACACCCUCAAAGAAACAGAUCAGUAUUGUAAGCAGCAUCACACAAGUCCUGAAGUCAAACUAGUUUUGGUUCAACAAUGCUAGUAGUAAAAGAAUAUUUAUUUAUAGGCAAAAAUGUCACCCUAUUACUUUGCCCAGAAACUCAUCAUGAAGGCACAAUUCCUUCACUCUGAAUAAACUGUGCAGUUUGUUUGGAAAUUAUGUUUUUCUUUAAUAGCUAUUCUGAGAUGAACGCUAGAUGAAUGCUUGUCUCUGUUAUAAAAGUAUGAUCAUGGCAGUAAAGGAUCCCAGGUAAGAAAUAAGAAACUAAUGUCUUAGCACAGGAAGCAUCUAUUUUUAGAAUCUGGUUGCUGCUCUGAGUCCCUAAUUGUUGAAAGUGAUGGUUUCAUAUGUCAGUCUGUCAUCAGGAUAACAUGAUGAAUAUACAGUUUUGUGAGUAACAAGGACUUCUUAUCACACGUUCAAAUCAGCAUUAGAGUCUCUGAUUAAUGAGGCAGAAAUCAGGUCAGGGAGAAGCUGAUUUGCAGUUAGAAGUUACAGUACUGUCACUGCAAAAGUUCUGCAAACCACAAAAGAAAUAAAAUAGAUUAAUUUCCCAUAUGAAUAGUACAUUCUACAUUCUAACAGUAAAGAAUCUGCAAGCAGCAAGACUGGUGCCAAGGAAUUUUUGCAGGCCUGUGACUCUUAUGGAGUUUUAUGCAUAAAAUGUCUAAUGAAUAUAAUGUAAUUCCUUCUUGUGUAUCUCUGAAAAAGUGUCCUACACAUUUUCCACUCCUUUGCCUUCAGAUGAGAUGUGCAUGGAGUAUUGCAAAUGCUAACAACUUCAAGGUAUUCAUCACAGUCUUUAACUUUGAAGGAAGCUGGAAAGGUACCAGUCCCCUUUGUUUUCUCUGCUAAAUACCCUUGCAUUUGAUGCUUCAACUCCAGACCAAGCAGGAAGACAUGGCCAGAGGGGGAGGCAGCUGCAAGUGCCAGUGGUGAUGUUUGCUCAUCUCAAAUGUCUGAAUACCUGUCCUGGGAGCUGUAAAAAUACUGCCCUGCAUGGCAGGUGAAUGGGGAGAGGCAGAAUACCAUCUUCUAUACUGCAGUUGCAUUCAUCUGAGAGUUCUGCUGGUGUAAAAUUUCUUCCUUUCCUUCAUUUGCUUGCUGCAGUUCCAUCCAUAAUGAUUUUUUUCCUUAGCACUGAAAAAGGUACUUAAAAUAUCAUGGGUUAGAAUAGUCUUAAAUCUAGAUCUUGUCAGGUGGUAAAGGAGAAGAGAAAAAUUAAAAUAAGGCACUUGAGCUAAAUGUCACGUUUUUUGAGGCGACUUUGGAGCCUACAGACAGAGGACCUAAUCCUGCAGAACUGUGGAGGAAGGGCUGCAGGACAGUCUGUAUACCACAGGGUAAAACACAUAGAAAGAGAUUAUAAGCUAGUCCUGCCAUAAAUCUUGAUAAUCUAUUUCAGAUUCUAUUGAAAUUAGCAGACAAAUCCCCAUUGACUUAGAUGAGUAGUGAACAACUCUCUUCAGUAUUCAUGAAUGACAUACAAUAUAGUUCAGUGUAGACCUUGAAAACCAAAGACAAUUUUGUCCUAAGCAAUUUGAAACGAUUUUUAGUUUUGUGUUCAGUCAGGCGCAGCUUUUUCAUCACUGACUCAGCUAGACACAAAGUUUUAUCCUUCACUUUUAAAUAUUAAAUGGAGGUCCCUUGUAUGUGUCUACCUACAUGAGUAGCGAUCUCAUUGGAAAAGUCCCUUCCAGGAAUGAGCUCGUGAGGAAUAGGUGUAAACCCAGCACUACGAGAGGGGACCAAAUUCCCACUGUUGCCUUGCAGGGAAGGAGUUUGCUCCGUUUGUGCACAUGCACAGAGUCACUGUGCUCCACCAAAGCUUCCUCCCCAUUGGAAGGAGUGAGCUGCUGGGACUGCCACCAUAGAACAAGAGAGAGGAGCCAGGAAACAAGAACUAACUGUCCACCAUGAUGUGGUUCAUCACAUUAUUAAUCCAGUGGAACAAGAAAAUAUGCAAGAAAAUAUGAUCCUGUGCAUUCCUUCAAGCCACAUACCUGUUUUUCAGACUUCAAGAAAUAUGAAGGCACUUAUUUUUUCAGACAAGAGUAUUUCAUGUAUCCUUAUUUCUACUUUUACCAGUGAAAAAUGGGAAGUGGAGGAUUUAUUAUAGUUAUUAAAGACAAUAAUGUGUCUCUGCUAUGAAUUCUGUAUUUCUGAAUAGCUUUGGUGCACACCAUACUUUCCUGGAGAACUCCAGAAGGCAUUCUUAGUUUCUAAAGACACAAAUGAGCUGACUGUAAAAGAAGUGUACAUAAUACAGCAAGUUUAAUAAUGAACAUGUUGGUUUUAGUAACAUACAUGUUUACAACAUGUAAGUAUGAGUUGUUUUACAGUCUAUUGUGCUCAUGUGGAUGUACAAAAAGGAAAUGCUUUGCCAUCAUAGUGGUUGUUUUUGUUCUUCACUAAUUAUAUUGCUCUGUUCAGUAGAAUGCUCUUCUGAAGAGCCAAGUUCAGGAUCUGGGGUUUAGGAUCUUGGUUUGAGAUUCAGGUAGUGGAAAUACUGUAUGGUUAUGUCAGUCCUUGUGGCAGCUUUGGUUUCACUGGAGUGGUGAUAAUUUAAAGCCACUAAAAAUUUGAUUGAACGUACAUUCUGAGUUUAGGGUUGGCAUCACCCUUGGGCUUUGCAGGAAAUGCUGGUUUUGUAGAGCCUUAGUAAUUUCUACUCAAAAUAUUUUCAAAUGGAAAAUGCUAUUUUUCUUCAUCUCAAGAUGGUUUGAAAUGUUGUCAUUGCACACAUAAGAUGAAUUUCACUUCUCUGCUUUAUAAACAGUACCAUACACUAGUGACAGCAAUAUUGGAAACUCUAAUGUGACCUCAAUAAUUACAAUGUCUUGGCAGUAGGGUGUUUUGUCUCUAAUACAUUUCACAGGAACAGGAGAAAUGCAUAAUUAAUGUAUCAGUGUAUCAAAAAGUAGGAAAGGAAGUGACAGUUGAAUCAGUGCAUUGAAGGUGUAUUUUAAGAGGAAACCAACCUUACAUUAAUCAACUCUGCAGUACCAAUUUCCUCUCAUACACCACACCUGACAAAUGAAAACCCAGUUCAGUGAACAUUCAGUCUGGCAGAUGGGCUUGUGCAGUUGCUAUAUCAGGAAGAUGCUGGUGUUUGUUCUUUACUAGGUACAGAAACACAGCACAAAUUAAAAGACUUGUUGUGGUAUGGGAUGCCAAAAGUAAGACUUCUUUUUAAUUUUAUUUACUUAAUAAAUAUGUUAUAGCUGAAAUAGAACAGUAACAAAUGUAGAACAGGCAAUUUUCUCUGUAUAAAAAUUCUUAGCAAUUGUGCUACCUUAAUCAGAUGUCUGCCAAUAUUGCCAUUAAAAAGUGCUCAUGUGUUUAUAAUGUAGCAACUUAACUUUCUUUUGGGAUAAAACCAACUAUGCAAAUGUGGCCAAUUUUUGUCCCCUUUUCCUGAAUCAUCCUCCGUCCUUUGCCAACCUUCAUAAACAAAAUCUGAGCCAUUUUUCAAAGGUGAAAAUCCUAAACACUAACAAUGUGGGGAUAUUUGCAUUUCCAGUGCUUGGAAUUUUAAAAGUCAGAAAUGUCUUCAUGAAGCUAAAUAUACACAGUUAUUUGAUUACUGCUCAAAAAUAUGAGCAUUUGUAAGCUAAAAGUCAUUUGCAUCAAAAUACAAGUUGAUCCCAAGCCAAUGAGACUCUGCAGCAUGUGAGUAUGCCCUCUUUGCCCUCUGGCAGCAUAAAAAGCCUAAACCCAACCACCUGCAAUUUGGACUCAGUGCUAAACAUGUGGAGGGGAAAUGCUCGUGCCAAACCAGGAAUUUUGAACUCCUGGGGCAGCUGGAUCAUUGCAGUGUACCAUAUUGUCCUUGCUCCGGGAAUACCUGUUUCAGAGGGACUUGGCUAAAGGAAAGUGUGAAUCCUACGCAGAAAAUGUCAUCAGCCAACAGUGAGGGAAAGUCAGACCUCCAGCUUGAAAUAAGAGCAGGGAGGAAGAACAUGAUCAGCUCCUUAGUCUCUCUAGUGAAGUUCAAGUCUCUGGUCAGCCCUGGGAUUUUGGAUGGUGCCAGUUAUGCUGCUUUGGCACCUGUAGUUCUGUGGCAGUUGUAGUAAUAAAGGUACCUGUAAGGUUUAAUUUCAAAAUAUCCUUUUUAUGACCUGCAGAUUUUUCUGUGCAGCACAAAAUUUUUCAGGUACUUCCAGAUGAAUCACAAAUCUAUAUUUAAGCACUCCUUUGCUGAGUUCUCAGACCAUAUCAAGAAAAUAAAAUAAAGUAUUUCUCAGAAUCUCAAGUAUAGAUCAGUAUACUUCUCUCAGCCUAAUAAAGGGCAACUGUUUUAAUCAGUAAAAUUAAGUGUUGAGAAGGUUAUCAUUACUGAGUAUGUGAAACUGCUGCAUAAAAAGAAAGCAUCAUAAUAAGACUAAACAGAGUGUUGUAUCUGAGUGUUAUAAAACACAAAUAGACACAGGAAGUAUUAGGGAUGAUUUAGACCUCGUUCAUCUGCCUUGGCAGAGGGACCAUUUAGAUGACCUGUCAAACUCCUGUCAAGAUGUAUUUUCUAUGAUUUUAUAGCAACAGAGAUGGGUACUGUGUUCUGCUGGGCCAGGAAAGGAAGGUACUUAACUCUCAUUGUAUGCCAUUUGAGAUUUUCUUCAUAGCCGAGUUUCAGACUCUUGCAAGCCUACCUUUAAAAGAAAAAAAAAAAAAAAGAAAAAAUUAUCUUCAGUCAGUUUUUAAAGGACAUCACAUGCCUACACUGAUUUUAAGAAUCUGGUUCCUUUUCUGUCACUGUGAGCAAAUGCAACUUUUAGAAGUGACUCCAGGAGGUAUCUAAUGUGCAGCAGUGUGACUAGAUGCAACUCCUCCACUCCCAGCUGCAGGUGAGGUUAGUUUACCUAAAUAGGGUCAAGGGGAUACAGCUCCUUCCCUCAUCUGCCCUGCAUUUCUCCCCACCUCAGUAUCACCAGCACAAGAAGGGUUUACUCCCCUACAUCCCCGUACAUCCUACGCAUUUUCAGAAGGAACAUUUCUCUUUUACAGUUUGCACCCUGUGUGUCUUGCUGUUGAUCCAGGAUGUAAUCACAGAAAGUCAGACUGGAAAGUAUGCAUUUUAUUCCAAACCAGUUCAUGGAAUUCAGGUGUUUGGCCAACAUCCUGUUUAAAAAGAAAAAUAUACAGAACUGGAAUUAUGAAAUGGUAGGUGCAGAUUUAGAACUAAAUUGGGGAUUAAAGUUUGAGCACAAAGAUCAAGUAUCUUUAGAAGCAGAAUAACACUACCUUUCUCAUUUUGACAGAAUGUAAUCCUGGCAUCUAAAAAAAAAAAAAAAAAAAACACAAAAAGCAAACAUCUAAAAGCUCUUGAGAAGUUGAACUUUAGAUAAAAGGUACAAAAAAGAAAAUAUCUGGAAAUUCGAGAUAGCAUACAUACAUAUGUAUAUAUAUUAUAUAUAUGAAUAUAUAUACACUGAAUUUUUAUAAGAACGCUGUUCAGGUAGACAGCGACCCACAGUCCCCACAAAAUGCACAAAGCAGAAGUCGUCAGUGGGAGAAACUGUGAGGCGGAGAAGAUAUGUAGCUUCUUUUAUCUACCUUAAUGCUUUCUGGGGACUCCAUAUGGAGCACAGGCAACCACCUUCACCCAUCUGCCCACUCCCACACCAGAUGGGUUCAUGAUGGGUUCCUGAUGGGAACCACUGGGCCAAGGGGUGUGCUGCAUUGUAUUUCUCAGCUUGCUAAAACAACACUGAGCUGAUGAAAGAGGCUGAUUGGGAGGUGAGCAGAAAUAACCUUUUUGCCAGCUGCAUGGCUGCU